CUGAAGGUGAAAAUGUCAGGUCCCUCCAGGCUUCACCAGAGUAAGCAGAGCAGAAUGAGGAGAACUAAAGUCUGAGGCAAGGGAAGUUUUUUCUCUAACAAGAUGAGUGGUUUGAUGGAAGAAGAGGCAGAGAGAGCAGUGUCUCCGAUAUCAGAAAUAUCCGGUCUGUCUCUGAAGAGUGAUGCAUCCAGAUUUAUACCUCCAGAAUUCAGAAAAGACCCUGGACACUCAAAAAUUUUGUGUUGCAGAGGUCUGCCUGACAGACAGGGGGCAGUGUCUCCAAUAUCAGAAAUAUCCGGUCUGUCUCUGAAGAGUGAUGCAUCCAGAUUCAUACCUCCAGAAUUCAGAGAAGACUCUGGACCCUCAGACACAAAAGGUCUGCCUGACAGACAGGGGGCAGCGUCUCCAAUAUCAGAAAUAUCCGGUCUGUCUCUGAAGAGUGCUGCAUCCAGAUUUAUACCUCCAGAAUUCAGAGAAGACCCUGGACCCACAGACACAAAAGGUCUGCCUGACAGACAGGGGGCAGCGUCUCCAAUAUCAGAAAUAUCUGGUCUGUCUCUGAAGAGUGAUGCAUCCAGAUUUAUACCUCCAGAAUUCAGAGAAGACCCUGGACCCUCAGACACAAAAGGUCUGCCUGACAGACAGGGGGCAGCGUCUCCAAUAUCAGAAAUAUCCGGUCUGUCUCUGAAGAGUGAUGCAUCCAGAUUUAUACCUCCAGAAUUCAGAGAAGAACCUGGACCCUCAGACACAAAAAAGAGGAAGUGGAGUUAUGUCUCCAAGGGGCAACAGAGACAUGGCUGUGCUUUGUGUCGUGAGGUUCUGAGAGAUCCUGUGUCUACCAACUGUGGACAUUUUUUCUGCAGACAGUGCAUUACCUCACACUCUGACCAAUCUGGCUCAUCAGGAGUCUUCUCCUGUCCCCAGUGUGGAAAAAGAUCCAGAGCAACACCUGGACUGUGGACAGCCAGCACUUUACAAAGUGGUCAGCAGGAGGUUCUAAACGAGCACAAGAUCAGUCUGAGGGAGAAAUGUGAACGUGUGCCUGAAGAAACUGAUGAAAAAGGAAGCAGAACCCUCCUCAGCAGGAUCUACACAGAGCUCCACAUCACAGAGGGACAGAGUGAAGAGGUGGAAACCCAACAUGAAGUGAGACAACUUGAGUCAGUUUCCAAAAUGGUUACCCUGCACGAGACGGCAAUCAAUUGCAAGGACAUCUUUAAAGCUUUGCCUGACCAACAAAAUCACAUCCGAGUGGUCCUGACUGUUGGUGUCGCUGGUGUUGGAAAAACCUUCUCAGUGCACAAGUUUACUCUAGACUGGGCAGAGGGCUCAGAAAACCAAGACAUCGGUCUGGUGAUUCUGCUUUCAUUCAGGGAGCUGAACUUGGUCAGAAAUGCACCAUACAGUCUUCUUGAGCUGGUCCGUGCUCUCCAUCCAACAUUACAGGGGGUCACAGCAGAGACGCUCGCUGUCCGUAAACUUCUGUUCAUCUUAGAUGGUUUGGAUGAAAGCAGGUUUACACUGGAUUUCCACAUCAAUGAGGUUGUGUCUGACGUCACACAAACUUCGUCGUUAAAUGCACUGGUGACAAACCUCAUCAAGGGGAAUCUGCUUCCCUCAGCCCUUAUCUGGAUAACUUCCCGACCUGCAGCAGCCAGUUUGAUACCUUCUUUAUGUGUUGACAGGCUAACAGAGGUACGAGGCUUCACUGAUGCCCAGAGGGAGGAGUACUUCAGGAAGAGUUUCAGUGAUGAAGAUCUGUCCAAUAGAAUCAUCUCUCACAUCAAGGCAUCCAAGAGCCUCUACAUCAUGUGUCUGAUCCCAGUCUUCUGCUGGAUCACUGCAAAAGUUCUGGAGCAUAUGAUGACCACAGAGCAGAGAGGAGAGCUGCCUAAGACCCUGACUGACAUGUACUCAUACUUCCUGCUGGUUCAGACAAAGAGGAGGAAGCCCAAGUAUGAUGACAGACACAUUCAUGAAUUCACCCAAUCUGACAGAGAAGUUCUUCUGAAGCUGGGGAGGCUGGCGUUUGAACAUCUGGAGAAUGGAAACAUCAUGUUCUAUGAAGAAGACCUGGAGCGCUGUGGUUUGGAUGCCUCAGAAGCCUUAGUGUAUUCAGGAGUUUGCACUGAGAUCUUUCAAUCAGAGAGGAUAACUUUCCAGAAAACAGUCUACUGCUUUGUUCACCUGAGCGUUCAGGAGUUUCUGGCUGCAGUCUACAUGUACCACUGUUUCACAAACAGAAACACAGAUGUUGUGGAGGCUUUUCUAAAAGAGGACAAAGACAGCAGUGAUGGUCAGAAUUCAUCCCUGGAAGACUUCCUGAUGAAUGCCAUGGAGAAAUCCCAGAAAAGUACAAAUGGCCACCUGGACUUGUUUGUUCGCUUUCUCCACGGCCUCUCUCUGGAGUCUAACCAGAGACUCUUAGGAGACCUCCUUGGUCGGACAGACAACAGUCUAGAAAUGAUCCAGAAAGUCAUCCAGAACCUGAGGAAGAUGACCAGCUAUAAUGUCUCUCCUGACCGAGCUGUCAACAUCUUCCACUGUUUGAUUGAGUUGAACGACAUCUCAGUACAACAGGAGAUUGAAAGGUACUUGAAGUCGGAGAACAAAUCGGAGCAGGUGCUUGUUUUGAUCCACUGCUCUGCUCUGGCCCACAUGCUGCAGAUGUCAGAUGAGAUUCUGGAUGAGUUAGUUCUGGAUAACUACAACACAUCAAACCAGGGACGAAUGAGACUCAUUCCAGCUGUGAGGAACUGCAGAAAGGCUCAGUUCUCUGGCUGUGAUUUAUCAGAGGUACACUGUGAAGUUCUGGCUUCGUCCCUGAAGUGCAAACCCUCCCAUCUAAGACAUCUGGACCUGAGCAGCAACAGCAACCUGCUGGAUUUAGGGGUGGAGUUUCUUUCUGCUGGACUUAAGAGUCCAAACUGCAGACUGGAGACUCUGAAUUUGAUGGGCUGCACAUUGUCAGAGAUCAGCUGUUCUUCUCUGGCCUCAGCUCUGAAAAGCAACCCCUCCCAUUUAAGAGAGCUGAACCUGAGCUUUAACAAGCUGCAGGAUUCAGGAGUGGAGUUACUGUGUGAUUUUCUGAAAAAUCCAACCUGCAGACUGGAGACACUGAGACUGUGGGGCUGCUUUUUGACAGAGAAAAGCUGCUCGUCUCUGGCCUCAGCUCUGAAGUCCAACCCCUUCUAUCUCAGAGAGCUGGAGCUGAGCAGAAACAAACUUCAGGAUUCAGGAGUGGCAGUGUUGUGCGAUUUUCUGAAGAGUCCAAACUGUAUAUUGGAUACUUUGUGCUUGGUUGGCUGCAGUUUGACAGAGAUCAGCUGUUCUUCUCUGGUCAUGUCCAGCCCCUCUCAUCUGAGAUUUCUUAGCCUCAAUGGCAACGAGCUGCAGGAUUCAGGAGUGGAGCUGCUGUGCCAUUUUCUAAAGAGUUCAAACUGCAGACUGGAGACUCUGAGAUUAAAUGUCUGCAAGUUAUCAGAGAUCAGCUGUUCUUCUCUGGCCUCAGCUCUGAAAACCAGCCCCUGCCAUCUCAAAGAGCUGGAGCUGAUGGGCAACAAGCUACAGGAUUCAGGAGUGGAGAUGCUGUGUGAUUUUCUGAAGAGUCCAAACUGCAGACUGGAGAAUCUGAGAUUGUGUGGCUGCAGUUUGUCAGAGAUCAGCUGUUCGUCUCUGGCCUCAACUCUGAAGGUCAGUCCCUCCAAUCUGAGUGAGCUGGAGCUGAGCAAAAACAAUUUGUUAGACUCAGGAGUGAAGAUGCUGUGUGACCUUUUGGGGAGUUCAAACUGCAAGCUGAAAACUCUGAGACUGGGGAGCUGCGGUCUGUCAGAGAUCAGCUGUUCUUCUCUAGCCACAGCUCUGAAGUGCAACCCCUCCUUUCUGAGAGAGCUGGAUCUGAGUGAAAACAAGCUACAGGAUUCAGGAGUGGAGCAGCUGUGUGAUUUUCUAAAGAGUCCAAACUGUGAACUUGAGACUUUAUGUUUGGAUAACUGCGGUUUGUCAGAGAUCAGCUGUUUUUCUCUGGCAUCAGCCCUGGAGUCCAGUCCCUCCCAUCUGUUAAGUCUAAACCUGAGUAACAACAAACUGCAGGAAUCGCAGGUGUUACAGCUGUCCGAACUUGUGAAGAAUCCUAACAACAAACUGAAGACUCUAAGUUGGAAGACAAUACCAGAGUGGUUAUUAAAGAUGGCAGCAUCCCUUGCCCAAUGAUCAGAGAGGUGGAAGAAGCAGCCUCUUAGGUGGAUGAGUUUGUAAGUGGGCCAUAUUACUUUGAAACUGACAGAAGCAGUCUGAACUGCUUUAA